CGGUACCGUUAUGCCAACACUGGUUUUUACGGACGUGCGCGUGCGCCCGCCUCGUUGACAGAUCAUAGUUUGUCAGCUCUCAAAACACUGCGCUGUGCACCUCCAUAAGCUGCCGCGCACACCGCAUCUAUAUUUGCGCGGCCAGUAAACAAAUAGAACCCCGUGGAUUCACGGCCACACACGCGACGCAUAAAUAAAGAUGGGCGCCUACCUCAGCGCCCCCAUCACGCUCAAGGAGUCCGAGGACGGCGCCACAUCAAGAUUACGCCACGGCGCGUCGAGCAUGCAGGGCUGGCGUCGAUCCAUGGAAGACGCGCACAUCGUUGGAACGGAAAAGGCCGGCGCGACGUUGUACGGCGUGUUUGACGGGCACGGCGGCGCGGAAGUUGCAAGAUACGUGGCAAGGCACAUGGCCGAGGACUUCCCCGAGAAUUGGGGAGAGAAUCCCGAACAAGCACUUAAGAAAUUGUUCCACCGCAUGGAUGAGCGAUUGCGCUUACCGGAGAACCAGCCCGAACUCGCUUCUCUCAAGAACGGCGCCACGGCGCCCGGCCAGCUCCAAAACGCACCGCAACAGGAGGAGGAGGAAGAAGGCGAGAAGGUCUCAGUAAAAGAAGCCUUUGCCCUCUUCCAGCAGAUGAUCGCCGCGUCGAACGCCCGUCAAUCUGGAGAUGAGGAAGAGCCCCAGCAAGAGGUCGAGCAGCGGCCCCAAUGUUCGCUGCCGGACCACCCUUUGCAGGCGGGCUGUACGUCGGUGGUCGUAGCCGCCACGUCAGAUACGCUGUGGUGCGCGAACGCGGGGGAUUCUCGCGCUGUGGUCUGUCGGGACGGCGUGGCCAUCCCUCUAUCUUUCGACCACAAGCCCAACAGUGAAAUCGAGUCGACGCGAAUUACGAAGGCGGGCGGCUUCGUCGAGGCCACGAACGGCUUCUUCCGCGUCAACGGCAAUUUGAACCUGUCGCGGUCGAUCGGCGACCUCAAGUACAAGCAGUCUCCCGAAUUACCCCCGGAGGCGCAGAUCAUCACGGCGGAGCCCGACGUCCUGAAGCAUACGCUCGAUCCCAAAGACGAGUUCUUCAUCGUCGCCUGUGACGGCGUCUGGGACGUCCUGUCCAACCAAGAGGCCGUGGACUUCGUGCGGACUCGCAUCCAGGCGGAGCGGGGUGCGGGUCGAGAACCGCAAUUGUCGAAGAUCUGCGAGGCCGUGUUCGACCGGUGCAUCGCGACGAACCCUCGCGAAACCAGAGGUAUUGGGGGGGACAACAUGACGUGCGUCGUCGUCGAAAUCCCUCGAUAGGCGCGUCCCCUCCUGCCGUAAGAGGCCUGCUCGAUA